CACCCUAACCACCAGGCCAUGUAAACAGACGCAACAUUUACGACAUCUAACCAAGACAGCACUUCUACUGACUGGUAAACUUGCUUCGAUUCGAACCAUGAAUGAAACCAGCGACAUCAGGAAGAAUUUGAUGCUUCAAUACCCCAAAGACCCUGCAAAGGAGAACAGUAAAGAGUAUUGUGUAGUUCUCAAGAUUACCAAGUCCAAACACCAAUGUGUCGUUCUGGGAGAUGCUUACAAAUCUCUCCGUAAGGGGAAGCGAGUGUGCGUGGCCUGCGAAACAACAGCUAUGAGAAUGCACCUUGGUUAUCGCUGUAACGGUCAUGGAAUUGAAUCUAGAUCUACCCGCUGGGCGGCGCUGGAGGCGUCACACUGUCACGGCCGUUGGGUGCGUCUUAGCGAUCACGGCCGCUGUCCUUGCCAUACAGAUGGAAGUCCUGAUUUUAUCUUCGUUUGAAACUACGAAAUUCUUACAAUAUAUAUUAAAUAUUUUAGUCCAAGUUAAUUAAUUUUAAAAUCUGAUUUCAAUAAAAGCAGUAUUUUUUUUUUGCUUUUCCUUAUCGCACGCCAUUGUGGUCGUUGCUUUUUAGUUGGUAAGGAUAGUUGCUAGUUUAUACCAGAAUUACACUGGCUUAUACUCAUUUAUACCGAAUAAUAACGUGCGAAAGUUGUCCGUAAAAACAUCGUGUUUCAAACACUGUAAUAUUUAUGUUCUUUUAUUAUUUUGAUUCGUCACGAAAAUAGCUUUCUAUUCUGUGAUGAUAAGAAAAUAAAAACAAAAAGUAAUGUAAGAAAAG